AUGCAUUGUUUCUAUGGUAACCGGGGGGAGGGUUCGCCAAUCAGAGCACUGCCAUUGAUUGUCACCCGAUAUCACAUCCACACUAUCACCACAUUAUCACCGCAUAUAUCGGUGAUAGUCUUCGAGGGAAAGUCUUCGGGGAAAGGGAUGGCAGAGGAGGACCAGUUCGAGAUCGACCAGAUUGUGGACAAACGGGUGGACGACAGCACCGGUAAAGUGGAGUAUUUGGUCCGAUGGCGAGGCUAUGGGGACUCAGAGAACACGUGGGAAUCGAAACAAUCGCUGAUCCAAGACAUGGACUGCUUGUCGGCGAUCGAGAAGUUUGAGUCCGACUACAAGACCCACUCGAAGACACCGGCCGUCGAUGGCCGUGAAGGUGGCGGUGAUGUCGGCCCCCAAUCGGACGCCAAACGUGAGGUGGUGUUCACUGCGAUGACCGACAUAUCGGCCAAAAGUAACGCCAAAGACAACGGUUCCGGCAAACGAGGCGUCAAAAAGAGUGGUAACUCAACGACCGCUGCCAACGAUAGUCAGAAAAAGGGCGCAAACCAUAAGUCGGGGCACAAGAGGCUGAGGAAUGGCGCGACGGAUGAGUCGACGACCCAAUUGGCGGAACCGUUGCCGCCGAAGACGACGAAUGGCACGAAGAGUGGUCUGAAGGGCUUCGAUAGGAAACUGGAGGCCGACUACAUAUGCGGGGCGACCACCCGGUGCGGGGACGGGGAGCUUAUGUUCCUAAUCAAGUGGAAAGGCGUCAAUUCGGCGGAUUUAGUGCCGGCCCGCGAGGCGAACGUUAAGAUACCGCAGAUUGUGAUAAAGUUUUACGAAACGAAUCUAUGCUUCAAGUGA